AUGGGUGCACCGUACCAUCCGGCGACAAAUGGUCAGGUCGAACGAUUUAUCCAAACCUUCAAGAACAAAAUGAAAGCUCUUCAAUGCGAUAAGUCAAGAAUGCACGUGGAACUAUGUAAUAUAUUGCUAUCUUACCGCAAGACAAUUCACCCGACUACCGAUAAGUCCCCUUCUAUGAUGCUUUUCAAUCGUCAAAUCCGUUCCAGAAUCGAUUUAUUGUUACCCGGUGCAACGUAUUUAGAAAGGGAUGACCCUAAAGUUCAAUCUAUUUCGGUGGGAGAAAGAGUUGCUGCUAGAGAUUUCCUAGACCAUGAAAAAUGGAAAUAUGGUCGCGUCAUAGAGAAGCUUGGCAAAUUGCAUUAUACGAUACAGUUGGACGAUAACCGUAUAUGGAAGCGUCACAUUGAUCAGUUGCGUGAAGUGGGACAGAACUUAAAAUCCAAUGGGAGUUUACCAGAAAUGCCAAAACAACAACAUAAGUUUGGCGGCACUACUACGCCUGAAACAUCUCAACCGAUUUCUGAGCAUGAUUUCACUAGUGGUUCGGUUCAAAAACCGCUGAGAAGAUCAACGCGUGAGGUGAAAGCUCCUGAAAGACUGAACCUUUAA